AUGGUUCAAGAAUCAACAGAUACUUUAUCAUCGUCGACGUCUAUGACAUUAGAAUCAUCAUCACCAAUACAACAACCUGCUUUACUAGUUCCUGUUUCUGUUUCCAUUGGGGCAUACUCAUCUAUGAAUAUUCCUUCUGCAAAUACGCAAACACCAGCAUCACAAGCAAAUUCUUGUAAACGUGGCCAUUUAUCAUCUCAAGUAGCAUCAUCACAAAAAACGAAAAGGAAUUUUUCUUAA